GGUAUCUGUAGGGUGCAGAAGCAGCGCCUGGCACACAGGGGGCGCCCUGUUGUUAUUAUGAAGUCCUUUUGUGGCCCCGGCUGGGGAUUCGGCUAAUUUCCUGAAGCAGCAGAGUUCCUUAGGCGCCCCGGAUUUUGCUCACAGCUCUGUCCUCGUGGCAUAACGAUCUCCUCAUCUUGAAUGAGGCCCUGGAUUGGUGAAAGGCCUAAGGCCCUUGCUCUGAGCUGGGACACGGGGAGACCUCGGGCUGAAGUAGGUGCUGGAUCGGGAGUCAGGCACCGUGAUUCCGGCCCUGGCUCGUCCCUGUGUGCUGUGUGUCUCUCUCAGGGCUCACUCUCCUCGUCGUGCCACCAGGGAGGAGCAUGGAAGUCACAGUACCUGCCACCCUCAACGUCCUCAAUGGCUCUGAUGCCCGCCUGCCCUGCACCUUCAACUCCUGCUACACCGUGAACCACAAACAGUUCUCCCUGAACUGGACUUACCAGGAGUGUAACAACUGCUCCGAGGAGAUGUUCCUCCAGUUCCGCAUGAAGAUCAUUAACCUGAAGCUGGAACGGUUCCGAGACCGCGUGGAGUUCUCGGGGAACCCCAGCAAGUAUGAUGUGUCAGUCACGCUGAGAAAUGUGCAGCUGGAGGAUGAGGGCACCUACAACUGCUACAUCAUGAACCCGCCCGACCGCCACCGCGGCCAUGGCAAGAUCUACCUGCAGGUCCUCAUGGAAGAGCCCCCUGAGCGGGAUUCCACGGUGGCCGUGAUAGUGGGCGCCUCUGUCGGGGGCUUUCUGGCUGUGGUCAUCUUGGUGCUGAUGGUAGUAAAGUGUGUGAGGAGGAAAAAAGAGCAGAAACUGAGCACGGAUGACCUGAAGACCGAGGAGGAGGGCAAGACAGAUGGAGAGGGCAACGCGGACGACGGCACCAAGUAACGGGCGGGCGGCCGGCCCUGCAGCCCCUCCCUCAUGUCCUGUCUCCCUCCCACUCUCCACCCCGCACAAUGUGCCCCCGCCUGCCCUCUCUUGGUGUGCUUCUCUCCCACCAGGAUCCCAGAGCCAACCUGGGGCCUCCUGAACCCCUCCCUUCAUACCCCCCACCCUGCACCAAGAGUGACCCACCUCUCUUUGAUUCGAGAAACCUGCCCCAGCGUCUGGGAUGUGUGGGCCCUGGGG